AGAAACUCUGCCAGACUGUCUUCAGUUUUAAGCAAAGGAUGCCUUCGACCGUCAUGCUUGUUAUUACGAAGGUAAUGUCAGUCUGUGAUGUCGCGCACGUAGGGUCAGAUUGCAGAAUUGUUAAUAAUUUUAAGAUCCUACAUCUUGCUUAUUUGCCCUAUUUUCUCUUUUAGCACACCUAUUGCUACUUCUUCGUUGGUUCGCAAAGAAGAAGACUUUUGGUCUAAAAAUUCCCGCCUUAAAAGACCCAUGUCUCCGCAUCUAACUAUCUACAGGUGAGGUUAGCUGAGCUGGAAUUAGAACAAAGCUGUUUAAUUAAUAUGAAGGGAAAUAUCUUUGGAGGCGAAUACACACAGAGGUUUGAGUGACGUAAAUAAAAAAAAGCAGAGAAAGAGAGAAAUGCUGGUUAUAAUACCUUUGUAACACCUUGUUUACCCCCCUUCCACCAUCAAUAUUUCCAAGCAUGCCCAUCCCCCCCCCGGGCAUUUGUCACUUUCUCAUAAAAAAAGCCACAAAUGCCUCACGAUGGGGCAGGCAGAUCAUACGAAAACCCCACAGAGGGGCUUUAAGAAAGUGUGCAAAUACCCCACCCUGGGAUACCAAAAUUGCAUUUUUCAGGAAGUAGGCUGUCCUUAUGCCAUAUGUGUAGGAAAUCGGUGGCAGAUCCAGGAAUUUUGACUGUUAAAGAAGGCCUGUUAGGGUAAACAUGACCUUGAAACAGCAAGAUAAGACAAAGGAAAUGACGCAAACGAGACAAAAGGUGAUGUUACAUGAGAUGAUUGGCCACGACGAUUUAUAAAGCAACACCGCAUUGCAACAUUGUUUCAAAUGGUUACAACAUUGUUCCACUAUUGCAGCGCUGUGUUGUGCUAAAAAUCGUCACUGUGAAUCAUUCCAUGCAACAUCACCUAAAGAUGGGUUGAAAGCUCAAACACUUUACUAACUUAUCGACAGGGACAUAGCUUCCUCCUCGCCUUGCAAAACAAUGGGUUUUGUAAUUCAGACUUGGGGCAUAUGUAACCUCCCUCCUUAGAUGAUCCUUUUAAACUGAUUUUUAACGACCAGCUCAAACUUUUAGGUGGUAAUCAUUUCCAUUCGCUGUUUCAAAGCAGGUACUUCAUCACUUAAAAAGAGGGUCUGAACUCUUUAGGAUGUUUUGAGUUUGGUCUGGAUCCCCUCUCUAUGGAUCAGCCCAGAGAACAACCUUACAUUUCAUUGCUACAUACUGGUACACAUCACAGGUGUAUUAACAUAGUUUUAAAAUAAGCUAUGUGUUUUUGCAGUCCACAGUUGACCUCUAUGCUGUCCAUUACUCACCGUGGAACAGGAGUGGCAAUGACAGCAGGUACUUGUAGAUUCUGUUUCAUUGUAAGACUUAAUGUAUAACUUGUGAAGCUAUCAUUCCAACAAAGUAAAGUUAGGCUGUGUUAUAUUUUUCUUCAUCAAGAACACAUCAGUAGACACAACUCAAACCAUUAGUAUUCAGGGACCAGUUCCUCAAAGGCCAGUUUCUGUUUAACCAUGCUUAGGGUUUUAUUUCUCAAACAUUGUUGUGGCUGUCAUUUUGCGUGAACAUAACUCUUGUUUUGACCUUUAAGUUCAACUUCCAUUCUCACAUACUUCCUUUUUUCUGGUCUUUUCAGUUACAGCUUCCUUUGCUCUUUNUUUGCAGUCCACAGUUGACCUCUAUGCUGUCCAUUACUCACCGUGGAACAGGAGUGGCAAUGACAGCAGGUACUUGUAGAUUCUGUUUCAUUGUAAGACUUAAUGUAUAACUUGUGAAGCUAUCAUUCCAACAAAGUAAAGUUAGGCUGUGUUAUAUUUUUCUUCAUCAAGAACACAUCAGUAGACACAACUCAAACCAUUAGUAUUCAGGGACCAGUUCCUCAAAGGCCAGUUUCUGUUUAACCAUGCUUAGGGUUUUAUUUCUCAAACAUUGUUGUGGCUGUCAUUUUGCGUGAACAUAACUCUUGUUUUGACCUUUAAGUUCAACUUCCAUUCUCACAUACUUCCUUUUUUCUGGUCUUUUCAGUUACAGCUUCCUUUGCUCUUUGUGCACUUGUUCUGCCAGAGAAUUUUGAGUUUUAUUUAAACUGGGUAAAGACACUGGAAAUUCCAUCGUGGAUUCUUUUCAGCGGAAAGACUGUACUGGCAUGGCCUCUGUGCUACCAUGCAUUUAAUGGCAUCAGACAUUUGGUAUGAGUUGAUUUUAUAAGUCACUUGAAACUACUUAUUGUUUAUCAUGAAGGGUGUUCUGCUCACAUAUACCUUAUUAAAGGAAAUUAACGCUUCAUGAAAUUAAUGGGAAUUUCCAAAAUUCGUGUUAAUUUUGGUCACAUUAAUUUAUGUUGAUGUUAAUUUCUGCGCUGUAAAUAAAGUGUAGCGUUAAUUUCCAUUAUUUUGACUCCAAAUUAUCAAUGCCUUCUGACAUUCUUGACACCUAAAGAGGAGGGUUUUUUUUGUAUCAGGGUGGAGUUCCGCCAGUUACAGAGAAACUGUGUAGAACUUCAAGUGACCUGAUUUCUUCCCUAAAACCCUCUGUACGUUUAAGGAAAGAGCCAAGAACAAAGUAUCCAUUUCGGAUUUCAAGUUAACUUUAACCCUGUCGUCUCAAACAGUUUUGUUUCUUGUAAACAUUGUGUCAAUUUCCUUUAUCUUGAAAUGUUACCCCCUCUUCCGUGUUAAUUUCCUUUAUUCGAAAAUCGUUUGCCAUUAAAUUUGCAUUAAUUUAAGUCGCGUUAAUUUCCAAUACCUUAAUUUCAUGGAGCAUCAAUUUCCUAUAAUGAGGUAACCCUGAGGCAAUUCAUUGGAAAGAGUUUCCAAAACGUACCCUAGAUUGAAUGACAUGAGUUUUUCAGAACUGAGCAACUUUAAAGCACAUACAGCCUUCCGUUCCUGUUUGUAUGAAAUAAUAAAUUAGCGGAGGCAAGCUAAUUAAAGGUUGGGCAUCUGUAAGCAAAGUUUUUCUCUUUUUUACUUGAAUAGUGUUUAUUGAAUCCUGUGUUUUCCUUUACCACAGGCUUGGGAUCUUGGUUAUGGUUUUGACAUGGGUGUUCUGUACAAGAGUGGUUGGCUGGUGUUCUUUGGAUCCAUUGGAACUGCUGCAGCUCUGGUCUACUUCUUAAGUUAA